AUGGCUCAAACCAAGGAAAAAAACGCCAAUACCAAGCUUAAAAACCCAGUUUAUCGUAUGAAUCACGAUUUUGAGCUUCUUUAUGCACAGCAAUUAGAAUUCCAGAGGUUUUCAGAGCAAGUAGAUGUGUCUUUAGUCAAAAUGAAAUGCAAAAUUGAUAAGUAUUCUUUUGCUGAAACUUCUCUGCACUUUUUUCAUGUUGACAAUCCUUUCCGAAAAUUUUUACUAGAGCUUACAAUGAAUAUUUGAUUUGACCGAUUUAUUUUGCUGGUUAUUAUACUGAACAGUAUUUGCUUAGCUUACGAAGUACAAACUGACGAGUGGCUCCAGUGAAAUGAAACCUUAGAACAAAUAUUUUUAGUGAUUUUUACAAUAGAAAUAUUUCUCAGAAUUUUUGCAAAAGGCUUAGUAUUCGGAAAAUAUACAUAUUUUCGAGAUUUUUGAAAUAUUUUUGAUUUUUUUAUAAUUUUGAUUGGAUGGGUCGGCGAGCUAGACGAAAAUGUAGACCAAACCAUUACAAGGACUUUUAGACUUUUUAGACCUUUGAGAGCAAUAAAUAGCUUUCCUGAGCUGAAAAUUAUUACUUUGUCAAUUAUGAAAUCAAUACCUUUGCUACUUGAUAUUUUGGCGCUUUUCAGUUUAGUCAUACUAAUAUAUGCAAUUGCAGGAACUCGUAUUUAUGCAGGUCUCUAUAAUCAGCAAUGCUAUACACAAGAUGGAAAUACGACAGGAGUUUAUUGCUACUUAGAUCCGAAUUGUAAAGAAUUUGAAAUUAAUUGUGGAAUUGGAGAUUCUCGCUGUGGAGAAGGGGAGUAUUGUUGAGAUAGUAAUCUAAAUUUAAAUAACGGAAUCUCAUCGUUUGACAAUAUUGGAGCUAGCAUUUUAACCGUAUUAAAUGUAGUCUUUGUUGAAGGCUGAAGCGCAAUUAUGUUUGAAGGUAGAAUGGCUUAUAAUGAAAUCCUUCUCAACGAUAUAUUUUUUGUAUCCUUGAUUGUUAUUGGUGCAUUUUUUUUACUGAAUUUAAUUAAAGCUGUUUUAUUUGUCAAAUUUCAUGAAGUCGUAAAUGAGGAAAAAAUUUUGGAAAAAAAUAAAGGAAUAAUUAUUGAUAAAAAAGAAGAAAGCGAUCUUAAGCCAAAAGAGCCUGAAGAUAACAGUGGAGCAGGAUAUUGCUGGUAUAUUAUUAGAAUCAAACUCUAUCUAUUUUUUCAAAGCAAAAUUUAUUAUUGGCUGAUAGGAGCUUGUACAUUGUGUAACACACUUUUUCUUUCAACUGAAUAUCAUGGAAUGUCAUCGUCACAUAAAAGAUCAGUCCUAUAUGGUGAUGCUUUAUUUACUUGAAUAUUUUUAACUGAAAUGAUCUUAAAAUUAACUGCAUUAGGAUUUAAAGGCUACAAAGCAGACAAUUUCCAUAUUUUUGAGGCAUUUUUAGUUAUUUUUGGAAUUGCUGAAUUUGUAAUGCUUAAGUUUUCGUAUGAUUUUGAUUCUGCUGAAUUACGAUUCCUAAGGACGAUAAGGAUAUUUAGAGUUUUUAAACUAGCUCGAAGGUGGAAAGGGUUAAAAUAUCUAAUCGAAAAAGCUUGGAGUAGUGCAAAACUGGUUAUUUAUUUAGGAAUUCUUUGCUUUAUCGUCUUAUUUGUUUAUGCUAUAAUAGGAGUUCAAAUAUUUAGAGGAAAACUGCAUGAAAAUGGAGAAGAUUCUCGCACGAAUUUCGAUAGCUUAUUUUGAGCAUUUAUAACUACAUUCCAAUUAUUCACCGAUGAGAACUGAAAUUCUGUAUGAUAUGACUCAGUUAAUGGAGUUGGCUGAUGGGCUACUGUAUAUUAUUUUUCAAUUUUAAGUAUCGGUAGCUAUAUUUUAUUUGAUUUUUUCUUACAUUGCGCAUUUAAUAAAAUAAAUAUUUUUUCAUGAAAAUGAUUGAGAUAAAUUCUAUAAAUAAAAAUCAUCAUAAGCAUAAAAAUUAAAUUCAAUUAAAUAUUUUAAUCCUUUAAAUUAAAUAAAUUAAUCGUUUAAAUAAUGUUUUAUAUAUAUUAAUCUUCACACUUAAUAUUAACAAAAAUUUUAAAAUCACAAUUAAAAAUUUUACAUAAAAUACUCAUUGUUAACCGGGAGUAUAGCUAUAUUAUUAGAACAAUUUGAAGAAAAUAAAGAAAAGAAUAAUUUUCUCAAUUCGAAAUCCCAAAAAACAGAGUUAAGUUUAACUGACCAAAAGUUAGAAAAAAAGAGAAGAGAAAUUUUUGAGAAAAAACUUCGUAAAAUAAAUGAAAAACGAUACGACCCAUUGCCGAUGUAUGGGAAAUCUCUAUUUUUUUUUACUGUAGACAGUAAGAUUAGGCAGCAGCUAAGAAAGGUUGUUUUGCAUCCAUAUUUCAGUAGUUUAACAUUUUGAAUCCAAGUAUUAUCAGCAUUUUUUUUGACUUUUGAUAAAACAAUAAUGGAUCCUUACGAAUUCAAAGUUUUAUUAGUAGGAAGAUGUAUGCUAUAUCCUAUGGACUACCCAUUGCAAAUUAAAACAAAUAAUUUUGUUACACAUAGUCUAUUUACCGUAAAAAUCUAUAUUGUUUUAGCAUUCUUGUGGAUUGAAAUUGUUAUAAAAGCCAUAGUUAGCUCCUUUUUAUUUGAGAAAAAAGCAUACCUCAAAGAUGGCUGAAACAUUCUUGAUUUUUUGGUCUGUUUUUUAGGAUCCGUCAGAACAGUAGUUAGAAAUGUAUUCAGAGACUCAGUUCCCAAUGAUUUUCAAAUUUUUUUGCAAGCGUUUCUAUCAUUAAGAAUUCUUCGACUGGCAUCAAGGAACCAAAGGCUAAAAAAAAUAGUCACAUCAAUAAUCUCUGCAUUUCCAGUGCUAUUUAAUGUCAUGAUUUUGUCAUUUUUAGAUUAUUUUAUGUUUGGAGUUGUAGGGGUUAUUUAUUUUAAAGGCGCUUUUUACUCAUGCACUGAUCCUGCAAUUGAAACAGAAGAACAGUGUGUAGGGACUUUUUUUAAUGGGACAGAUUAUCAAGACAGAGUUUGGAAAAACUCUGAUUCUGCCCUACUCCACCCUCCGUGAGUGGACAAAAACCAUUGGAAAAAUCAUUAUUUUUUGCCCAAAAACUCACCCUCUGUGAGCUAACAAAUAAUUUUUUAAUAUAACACUUUUUUAGGUAAAAAUUUUUGAUAUAUAAGUGAGAAUUAUUAUAAUGAAAUAUUUAGAUGAUUCUGUUUAAUUUUGAACAAAUUGCAUAUUAAAGCAUAAAUUUACAAAUUAAAUAAAUAUUUACUUUCCAAUUUUUGCGAAUUGGGAUUUUUUUAAAUUUAGAAAAAAGUAAAUUUUUAAAAAAAAAAAAAAUUAACUCCCUCUGUGAGAGACAAGAUUUUUUUGUUAGUUCACUUAGGGGAGGAGUUAGAAAAAAAUAUAAUAAAAUUAUAUAUUUUUUUUUAAAAAAUUAAGUCUCAAAAUAAUCUUUUGGAGGGAUGAGUAUAAUUUUGACAAUAUUAUACAUGCCAUAAAUUUACUUUUCCAAAUAUCUUCAAUUGAAGACUGGCCGAAUUUCAUGUUUACUAUAGUUGAUGCAGUUGGGCCAGGCCAAGCAAUGAAAAGGGAUUACAACCCAUAUGCCGCUUUAUAUGUAGUAGUAUUUUUAUUUAUUACUACCUUUUUUGUAGUAAAUUUAUAUAUUGGAGCCAUCGUCACAAAAUUUUCUGAAAUUCAUGAUGAGCUUGAUGGGUCAUUAAUUUUGACAAAUAAACAAAAAGAAUGGGUAGACACACAAAAACUUCUAUUAAAAAUAUCUCCAAGAAUAAAGUAUAUAAGGCCAGAAAAUAAAUGCCGAGGAAUUUUCUUCGAUUUGGUGUUAGAUUAUAAAUUUGACUAUUUGGUUACAGGUUGUAUUAUUAUGAACACGAUUUUCUUGUGUCUUUAUAAUUCUGAAAUGGAUUAUGAGCUAUAUAAUACUCUUUAUUAUGGGUCUGUCGGCUUUACAAUACUUUUUUCAAUUGAAUGCACGCUCAAAAUUAUAGGUUUAGGGCCAAAAUAUUAUUUUGCGAAUAACUGAAAUAUUUUUGAUUUUAUUAUAACUAUUUUGUCAAUUAUUUCUUUUAUGGAGGCUAUUAUUGCAGAAAACAGUAUUACUCUGUCAAAAUUAUUAAGAGUUGUGAGAAGCUUGAGAUUAAUUAGAUUUUUUAAACAUUUUAGAAGGAUUUUUGAUUCUUUAUUCCUUUCUCUACCUUCAAUAGCAAAUGUGGUUAUAUUGAUUUGCUUAUUAUUGUUUAUAUACGCAACUGCUGGAGCUGUGCUAUGAGGAAACCUCCAAUUUGGAAAAUAUAUCACAGUAGACAAAAAUUUUACUGAUUUUUAUAUAUUUUUUUUGCCUCUAUUUUCUAUAAGAAAAUUCUAUAUUUACUUUGAAGAAUAAUUAAUAAGUUUGAGUAUAAUUCAUUUAUGGUCCUAUUUAUUACCACAACAGGAGAAGAUUGAGAUUUGCUCUACUCAGAAUGCAUGGGUAUGGAUGGCUGCGAUAACUGAACUGUCUGUGGAAACCCAUGAAUUGCUGCUUUUUAUUGGAUUUCUUAUGAAGUUUUAGCCGCUUUUAUUUUUAUGAAUAUUUUUAUCGCUGUUUUAUUAGAAAAUUUCACAGGUGAUCAUGAUGAAAAUCCUUUAAAAGGUGUCACAUCAAGAGAUUUAGACAAUUUUGUAAGGGCUUGAAGCAAUUAUGCGCCUUAUGGAGAACAUUUUAUUCGCACAAAUAUACAUAAAAUGGCGUAUGACGUUCGACCCGUCCUCUCGCGUGACGGUAACCCAUGCAUAUCCGGGUAUGGUUUUCAGGAGGAGUGAUAUAGCCCAGCAAUAUCAGGAGCCCAGAGGCGAUGGGAACACACCAGACCCGCUGAUUUUUGGCCUGAUCCUUGGGCAGUUAAUCGCAAAUCCUUUUCCCAUCAGCGCCCUAGCCAGUGGGUGCCCGAAAUGGAGCAGGGUGAUUUCCCUGCUCAGGCUGCUCUCGAUGGCUUUGCCCCGAAUCACGGAAGUGGUUGAGUUUUUACUCAGGGAUGACCUGGUAAAGGGGAGGCAGGCUAGACUCAGAAUCAAGGCGGUCCCUCCGGUUAAAGGGUCCCAAAAUAAUGUGGACGACACCGGCCAGGGUAGGUACAGUUGGCCUCGAUGGGCGAAGGGACUGAGUUAGAAAUGGUGGUGCCCGGCAAAUGUCUGCGGACACAAAAAGGGCAGCCCACUACCCUAGAAACCAGGGGUUUCGGCCUGGGCUCAAAAGCUACCAGAGGUGGAAGUCCACCCAAUUCGCUUGUGCCAACACGCUACUGGAAGUAGAGACUUUAAACAUUCAACAUUAACAUUAACAUUUAUUCGCACAAAAAUUUUUGCCGAAAUUAUUAAAUGAUUUAGAAGCACCCCUUGGAUUUAAAGAGUCAAGGCUGUCUAGGUUGCAGCUGAUAAGUAUAAUUUAUGCAUUGAAAAUAAAGGAAUAUAGUGGAAAAGUAAUGUUUUCUGAGUGCUUGUGAGCUUUAGCAGGAGCUGUAAGUGGAGAAGAUAUGCCGGCAGGAGCUCCAUCUGUUGUUGGGAAAUCAAUGAAUGGAGGUUUUCAAUUUAAAGUUCAAAGGCUGCCAAAUAAGUCAAUUACUAGUACUGAAGGAACUUAUGCAGCAAAAACUUUAGUGGCUUAUGUAUUUUAUGAGAUGUGGAAAAGUAGGAAGGAAGCAAGGGAAAAAAGAGCUUUAUUUGCGACGACACAUAUUUCUGACCAUUAA